AUGAGCAAAACCAUAUUUUUUAUAUUAACUUUUUCAUAGUCUGUAAAGGGGGUCUUCUAACCAAUCAGUCCCAUAAUAAAUACGCGGUCUGUACGAAUGUACUAUGUUUGAUGUAAGCCUGAGCCGGAGAUAAAGUUAAAUGCUGCCAGAUUGCCAGCAGUUUAUUACCUCCAGUUUUUUUAACAACUACUCCAUUUUUAAAAGAAAAUCCAUAUUUUAUCUGGUUUUGUUUUAAUAUUUAGAAAAAGUUAAAACGUAACAUUAUCAAAUUAACAAUUUUUUGGAGAAAAAAAUGACAAACAAUUUAUUCUGGAGCCAGUUUCUGGAAAUAUACCAGUCACAUCCAGCUUUGUGGCAAAGUGAAAAAGUGGAUAAUUGUGCCGACUCAAAGGAAAAAGGCUUGAGAAUGCUUAUUGAGAAAAUGAGAGAGGUGAAUCCAGACGCAAACAGGGAAAUGGUGUUGAAAAAAAUAAAUAUCUUUAGAUCCUCAUACAAGAGAGAAGUUCGGAAAGUGAAAAACAGUCUGAGGUCAGGGCGGUCAAAAGAAGAACUUUAUAAACCAAAAUUGUGGUACUUUGAUCAAUUAAAGUUCUUGGACGACACUGACAGUAUGAGGUCAUCGUCGUCAAAAGAAGAUAUUAAUAAACCAAAAUUGAAGUACUUUGACCAAUUCAAAUUCUUAGGCGACACUGACGGUAACGUCAUUGGAAAAACAUCCACAGAUAACGAUAUGACAUUUGUUAAGACACCAAGAAAAAGAGGUCAUGAUGGAAAUUUGCGGGAUGAUAAACUUUUAGCAGGGGCCUCUAAAUUGCUGAUGAAAGAAAGUGAGGAAAACUCUCAGCAAGAAGACGAAGAUGAUUAUAUGUUUAAAUGGUUGUAUCUGAAGUUCAAAAAAAUUCCAUUUGGAGAGCAACGUGAACUGGUACAGAAAAUAUAUUUAGAUGUUGCAAUUUGCUGCAGCCAAGGUUUGAUAGAUAUCUGCAAAGUAAAGCAAAUUCAAGAAAUUUUAUAUAGUAAUGUAAGCGUAGCAACAAAAUCGGAUAAUCCUUCCGAUAUUUUAAGUAAAGAAGAAGAAGAAGAAUUUUAGAAAAUCAAUGUACUUGAAAACGAAAUAUUAAUUCUGUUUUGUUGGAGUCCAUAGAGUAUGGAAAUACUUUUAGUUUUUCUCGAUCACUUCAUUUUAGUGAAAUAAGGGUAUUCAUAAAGUUACAAAUUCAAAACAUCAUAAAUAUAUUCUUUAAAUUUUAAAGUUCUUAUUUUUAAUAUAAUUAGUUUUUACUGCUGAA